AUGCUGCUUACCAACAUCUACCAAACCGCUCUUACCUUGACUUGCGUUGUCAUCCGCAUGAGCCCAGCGCUGGCAACCACAACCGUAAUUCCUCUCAAUAGCUUUAACAACUUGACCACCUUCGAAAGCUACUGGGUUCGUAUCUCCUCCUAUAUCAAAGAUAGAUCUGAACACGAGGCUUACGAAACUGAUAUCGGUGAAUGGAAAGGAACCGCUAACAACUGGUUCAACACUUUCAACACAUCCUCAGUAGUCAAGUCGACCUUAGUCCCAUGGCCCACCGAUUUGUCAUUCCACGCUCUCAAGGCCAUUAUCACUGCCGAACCCAACAAUGUGGAUGUCAAUAUCGACUUUUACUUGGACAAUGUCUUUCGAGUGACUCAGUAUGGGGCGGGGUUCGUCGGGAAACCACUUUGGCUGCAAGUUUCUAAUUUUUUGGAGCACUUUCUUUUUGACACAAGUUGUUUGCAGCAUCAUCAAUCUCCAGGUUGGGAAAUGGAAGGGAGUUCAGGCUCUCCUGGUCCCACGGGCACAACAACCUAUAAGGUCGGUCCGCAACUUUCAAGCGACGCGAAGUGGCUCCUGAAGGAGAUGAACACGGCAAUUACAUUAGCACAGCAAUUGGUCGCCAUCAGAUUGAUCGGCGACAACAACAACUUGACUUGGUACCACGAGUUUUUUAUCCUCGAGGUUGUCCAUUGUCGAUAUAUGAACCUUCGUCUUCACGUCUCUCUGCUCGUCGUCUUGCUCGCUUACCUACCAUUCAAUCUUGUCAUUGGAGCGGCCAGCCACAACUCGUCCACCCAGCUAAAUAUAUUCCCAACCCCUUCAGUUUUGGCGGGAUUAGAGGUCGAGGACGAUAUCAUGCCACUUCGCAGCUCACCCUCCAUCGCGUCCGUAACCUCCGAAUCACCGACAUCAUCCACCUUUCGCGCACCGCCGCAGCAACCUCUGGAUGUUCAAGGGUAUCCUCUUCCACAUGGUCUCUCUUUGGAGCAGGUUCAUGUUUACGUGCGCCACGGUGAAAGGACUCCCGUUGGCGUUCGAUUAGCACCCUUCAUUCCUGAGCACUGGGUCAUGUGCAAAACGCGACGGCAGUUUAGAGAGUCAGACAGCACAGUAAGCGAGGCCAUUCCAUCGAAGCGCGCUGUAGAGAAGAAGGACGGGUCGUCGUCAGAGGGUCUAUGUCUUCUUGGGGAAUUGUCCGAUAUCGGAAGACAGUCAACCUACGACUUUGGCGCGGCUCUUCGAAGACUCUACAUUGAACGUUUACAAUUUCUUCCCGAUACGCUACGCAAGCCGAGUGAAACCUAUUUCCGAAGCACCAACAUGCCUCGAACGAUAGAGUCAUUGGAGCAAAUAAUUCAUGGCUUAUACCCUACGAACAAGUGCUCGCCCGAUGUCCUACCUACUCUUCUCGUUCGUAAUGGACGAGAUGAGAACCUCUUAGGCAAUACUUUAUCUUGUAAACGACUAGAGUAUCUGCAAAUCGGUUUCGCUCAGGCGGCGGCUGCGGCCUACAAUCAGACUUUGGAGCCUCUCGACGAGAAAAUAUCGAAAUACCUAGAAGGCCGUCCCAUUCGUGUGGACGGAAAGCCCCGUGCAUCUGGCGUGCUCGACACUGUUAGGGCUGCUAUUGCCCAUGGCGUCAAGGUCCCUUCUGAAUUUGAGGACAAGUCGGUCAUCGAUGUUAUCGAGCAAGCCGUCGUCAACGAGUGGUUCGCAGGUCAGACCUCCCUUUAUGCAGUCUUUCGCCGACUGAUCUUUUUAGGGUAUAAAACCCAAGAAGUCCGACGAUUAGGAAUGGGACCCCUCCUUUCCGACCUUUCUCAAAAGUUGCAACAGAAAGUCGACCGCCCAAACGAUCUGCCAAAGCUUCUUGUACAUAGUACUCACGAUACCGCCCUCGCUGCUAUGUGUAACACUCUUGACGUCUUUGAUGACAAGUGGCCGGCAUUCACCGCGUCGAUUACAUUCGAGCUCUUCAAGAAAGCUCCACCAGAAGAUGAUCAGUCGUCAUACUUGCAAACCAUUUUAUCCCCGUUCAAGACCACCUCAGCAUUACCAGAAUACUUCGUUCGAAUGAGGUAUCAGAAUAAGAAUAUGGCCUUGCCGGCAUGCGCGGAGGAGGGCAAACAUUUAGCGGGGUCGCCGGAACUUUGCACGUUGACCGCUUUCCGAGCACGAGUGAAAGAAUUGACGCCUGUUGAUUGGGAGCGUGAGUGUGGAUCGACCGGGUGGAUGUAG